GUGAUGCUUUUCUUCACCCAGUGUUUUGGGGCUGUGUUAGAUCUCAUUCAUCUCAGGUUUCAGCACUACAAGGCGAAGAGGGUCUUCUCAGCUGCCGGGCAACUUGUGUGUGUUGUAAACCCAACGCGGAACCUAAAGUAUGUGUCCACCAGGUGUGCAGUCACACAGAGUACUCCAGAGUCAGCUGGCUUCCAUCCUCACCAUCAUAUCCACCACCACCACCGCCACCACCACCAACAACGCCACCAUCACCACCACCGCCAUCACUCCCUCCCUCACCACCUUCACCAUCAGGAGGCAGUGUUGCACGAGGCACCGCUUCCCCUCUGCAUCUGCCCUUUAUUCUCCUGUCAAUGGGAAGGCCAGCUGGAGGUGGUAUUGUCCCACCUGAGGCAAAGCCACAGAAUUGACAUCCUUCAGGGAGCAGAGAUAGUCUUCCUGGCCACGGACAUGAACCUCCCAGCACCAGCUGAUUGGAUCAUCAUGCACUCCUGCUUGGGUCAUCACUUCCUGCUGGUCCUGAGGAAGCAAGAGAAGUAUAAGGGCAACCCACAGUUCUUUGCCACCAUGAUGCUGAUUGGGACCCCAACUCAGGCUGACUGCUUCACCUACCGCCUGGAGCUCAAUAGGAACCAAAGGCGCCUCAAGUGGGAGGCCACCCCGAGAUCGGUCCUGGAGUGUGUGGACUCCAUCAUCACUGAUGGUGAUUGCCUGGUACUGAACACCUCCCUGGCCCAGCUCUUCUCUGACAAUGGCAGUCUGGCAAUUGGGAUUGCAAUCUCAGCAAGCAAGGUCCACACUCCUGAAGUUGAGAUCUAA